AUGUACAGCAAACGGCCGGUGUUGGUUCUGCAGAACGAAGCACUUUACCCCCAGCGGCGCCCCUACACCAGCGAGGAUGAAGCCUGGAAAUCGUUCCUGGAAAACCCUCUCACCGCAGCCACCAAAGCGAUGAUGAGCAUCAACGGCGACGAGGACAGUGCGGCCGCGCUGGGCCUGCUCUACGACUAUUACAAGGUUCCGAGAGAGAGGAGGUCAUCGACCGCAAAGCCGGAUGCUGAGCACCCGGAGCCCGAUCACAGCAAGAGAAACAGCAUACCAAAUGUGACCGAGCAGUCCCUCGUUUCUGCUGGGGAGAACAGAGUGCAAGUACUGAAAAACGUGCCAUUUAACAUUGUCCUUCCCCAUGGCAACCAGCUGGGCGUUGAUAAGAGAGGUCAUCUGACCGCCCCCGAUACAACAGUCACUGUCUCCAUAGCAACAAUGCCCACCCAUGCCAUCAAGACCGAAACGCAGCCCCACGGCUUUGCCGUGGGCAUCUCUCCGGCAGUGUACCAUCCGGAGCCCACUGAGCGGGUGGUGGUUUUCGACCGGAGCCUUAAUGCUGACCAGUUCAGCUCUGGGGCUCAACCCCCGAAUGCUCAGAGGCGCACCCCAGACUCUACCUUCUCAGAGACCUUCAAGGAAGGCGUUCAGGAGGUUUUCUUCCCCUCGGACCUCAGCCUACGGAUGCCUGGCAUGAAUUCAGAGGACUAUGUUUUUGACAGUGUUUCUGGGAACAACUUUGAAUAUACCCUAGAAGCCUCAAAAUCGCUUCGCCAGAAGCCAGGGGAUAGCACCAUGACCUACCUGAACAAAGGCCAGUUCUACCCUGUCACCUUGAAGGAGGUGACCAGCAGCGAGGGGAUCCACCGGCCCAUCAGCAAAGUCCGAAGUGUGAUCAUGGUGGUUUUUGCCGAAGACAAGAGCAGAGAGGAUCAGUUAAGGCACUGGAAGUACUGGCACUCCCGGCAGCACACAGCGAAACAAAGGUGCAUUGACAUCGCUGAUUAUAAAGAGAGCUUCAAUACCAUCAGUAACAUUGAGGAGAUUGCGUAUAAUGCCAUUUCCUUCACCUGGGACAUUAAUGAUGAAGCAAAGGUUUUCAUCUCUGUGAACUGCUUAAGCACAGACUUCUCUUCUCAGAAAGGCGUGAAGGGGUUGCCUCUUAACAUUCAAAUUGACACCUACAGUUACAACAACCGCAGCAACAAGCCCGUGCACCGGGCGUACUGCCAGAUCAAGGUCUUCUGCGACAAGGGAGCUGAAAGGAAAAUCAGGGAUGAAGAACGAAAGCAAAGCAAGAGAAAAGGCAAGUGUCCUGACCCCAGCUCCCAGUUGAACGCCUUUUCCGAUGUCAAAGUGCCACUGCUCCCCUCUCACAAACGAAUGGACAUCACGGUUUUCAAGCCCUUUAUUGAUCUUGACACACAGCCUGUCCUCUUCAUUCCCGACGUGCACUUCGCCAGCCUGCAGCGGGGCACUCACGUUCUUCCUCUUGCCUCAGAAGAAUUGGAGGGUGAAGGCUCUAACUUGAAAAGGGGUCCGUAUGGUUCCGAGGAUGAUUUCGCCAUCCCGACUCCUGCCAAGCUGCCUCGGGCAGAAGAACCAAAGAGAGUGCUGCUGUACGUGCGGAAGGAGUCCGAGGAAGUCUUUGAUGCCCUGAUGCUUAAGACUCCGUCUUUGAAAGGCUUGAUGGAGGCCAUCUCAGACAAAUACGAUGUGCCCCAUGACAAGAUUGGGAAAAUAUUCAAGAAAUGUAAAAAAGGGAUCCUGGUGAACAUGGACGACAACAUCGUGAAGCAUUACUCCAACGAAGACACCUUCCAGCUGCAGAUGGAGGAGCUCGGGGGGUCGUACCGACUCACCCUCACUGAGAUAUGAGGGCACGCCGGCCCCCCGCUCCCGGCGAGGGCGCGACGGCCUUACGCGGGUCUUCCCGGCGGGGUCAGGUGCAUCGCAGGUGUGGGCGGAAGCCGCGGGAAGGGCUCCCGUCGGGUGGAGCCGCGCUGCUCGGGGCUUGGAGGUAGCGAGCAGCGUGUCGCAGCGGCGCCCCUCGGGCAGUGGGGACGCCCGUGGCCCACCGUGUCCGACUUUUCUGAGACAGAUACUUAGGACCAAGAGUGAACGCUUUGUCCUAAGGUUCAUAGACUCUGGGGACCUUUAGAAUAUCUGCUGUGCUAUUUAUAUAAAAAUAUUGGGAUGUUUGUCUCUUCAAUGUUAGCAGGCCUGCUCACCUGUGCAGGUCAGAAAGGGCGGCGGGCUUGGCUUUGCGGAUGUGCCCUUGCCCGAGCUCAGCCUAACUCUGCCCGCCUCGGGGUCGCGGGAGCGGCCCCCCAAGAGGAGAGGAUGCGCCCUUUCUCCCCCGGCCCCUCCUCCUCCCGAAAACGUUUACUCAAAUAGGGCACAAGUCUCCCUGUGCAAGCGCACCACCCGCCUUUCUCAUGAAGAAAUGAAAUGGGUCACAGUAUGAGUCAGUUAAGCUACCGCAGCAUUGUACACAAGUGCAAUACGUUUCUGAAGGCCGGUGUCUGUAAAUGUGUAUAUACGUGUCUUAUACAAAUAGAUAAUAUAUAAACACGGUGUCUGUACGUAGAGCGGGGCUGCAGUCCAGGUCUACCUUGCAGACUUUCCCGAAACGAAAGGUUAAGUUAUUUUUGGUACCGUACUCGAGCAGACCGAGUACUGUGCUUAGCGGGGCACACUCCAGCGCCCUGCGUGUGCUUUCCCGGACGGCAGCCAGCCCGGCGCGGAGCUCCCGUUUGCUCUGGAGAAGUUGUCACUCGGAUCUCCACACCGUCUAACAGAUGAAGUAAAGGAAAACCACGAGCGCGUUUCCCGUCUUGCACACGCCGCCCGCGGUCGUGUGAACCUAGAGGGGACACGCGGUAAUCAGAACACGCACGGCGGCCGUUGUGUCCUGGCUGAUACGCCCCCGAAUGCAGGCCCUCCUCACCUUCCUGCUACAAGAAGUGGCUUCUGUGUCACCAAGGUUCAGAGCCUCCAGGCCUCGCCGGUCUCGUGUACGGACAGUUCUGGAAGGCAGUCGAGAGGCCAUGAGACUGUACUCACUGGGGCAAGGGGACGUUUUGUCCACAUGGUUAAGUACGUAAGUUCUACAACAUGUAAUUUCAUAACCAGUAAGAUCACGGGUACCUCGGGUCGGGGAGCUAGAGCAGGUCAUCCGUGUGAGUAGGACUGAUAGUUCCAUUUCCACGUUCAGCCGUUCUAAUGAAGUAUGUGAACCAAAUCGCCGGUUUUCUAAGAUAUCAUGGGACACGGGUCAUAACUAUUUUAUAUUUUGUUUUAUGAAAUUAAUUUUUGUCUCGUUUCUGUUUUUGUGUCAUUGAAGAUGCAUUUUAAACCAAAGGGAUUAAAUUUUGUAUAUCUA